AGCAAAGGACAAACUGAGACUGAGGAUUUUCUGGUUUCAUUCUCUCACACACACGCAAAAAACAUGAAGCCUCGCCGCUCCAGCUGCACCGACUCAGGAUCCGAGUCCUCAGAACUGGACUCCAAGAGCCCAGAGAAAUACGAGCCGGCCACACGCCGCAGGAUGGCCGCCAACGCCAGAGAGAGGAAGCGGAUGCAGGGCUUGAACACGGCCUUCGAUCGAUUACGAAAGGUGGUCCCACAGUGGGGUCAAGACAAGAAACUGUCCAAGUAUGAAACCCUGCAGAUGGCUCUCAGCUACAUCAUGGCCCUCAACCGCAUCCUGACGGACGCCAAGAGGCACAACACCACUCACAGGCAGUGGCUGGACUUGCAGUUUGACUGUGUGCAGCCUGACGACUACCAGUACUUGAUGAGGUACGACUCCAGAGGAGAGGACUAUAUCACCUCCUCGUUCUCCUAUCAGCUGGACGGACAUCAGCUCCAUGCUUAAAACCCCCCACUGCCGUUUGGCGUGUAGAACAGUCAUGUUGUAAAUAGCAAUGUGAAGCAUUCUUUCUCCUGGUGAGGAGAUGGUAAAUACGUUUGUAUUGAUUUAUUUCUUCUUUUUGUGGCUUGUAUUUUUGAAGUCUUGUUUUCUUUUGUUUCGCUGGGAUAUUGAGCAGGCUUUUGUUCGAUGCAUACAUGUAGUGUCAUUAUAAUGACCGUUACAUUGUACUCGGGUCAUAUGCAACUGUGGAUUCACAGCAGGUUUUUGAUACGGCCCUAAAAUGUUGUGCAAUUUUCAAGGAAUGG